GUGAAGGUGUCGAUCGAUGAAGUGGGCUUCGCAGAAUGAAUCGGUACCAUUCCCACCUCGAUACCGCGCGAUCAAGAUGCUAUUACGUCAAUUCACACGUAUAUAAGGACAGGUGCCGCGGCUUAAAUCUGCACAAUUGCAUCCGGUUGUGAAUAAUACGCGCUUAGCCAUGAAGUUUGCAUUAGUGUGCCUGCUCGCCUUCGUUGCUGUCGCCUAUGUAUACGCACGACCGGAGGAGUACACGAAUAAAUAUGACAACAUAGACAUAGAUCAAAUUCUGAACAACGAUCGAUUGCUGAAACGUUAUGCCGACUGCCUACUGGAAAGAGGCUCUGCCAGGUGCCCCCCUGAAGCCGUUGAAUUAAAAAGGGUCUUAAAAGAGGCGUUAGAGACCCAAUGUGAAAAGUGCAACGAUCAUCAGAAGGAGGUCGUAAAGAAAGUAGUAAAAUUCUUAUCCGAGAAGAAGCAGGAUAUCUGGCGUGAUCUAAAGGCUAAAUACGAUCCGGAGGGGAAAUACUCGGUGAAUUAUGAAGAAAUGGCUCGCAAAGAAGGCAUCCAGCUUUGAUUGGCGCCGAGGGAAAACAAGAAUAGUGUCGUAACAUAACUAUUAAACCCUUGUCUUAUUGCGCUUCUAUAAUCAACGAAAUUAAUAUGUAACGCGCAUAUGCAAAUAAAGUAUCGUCCGUAACGCAUGCGUCAUGAUGUAUAUAUGUAUUCUAAACGCGUUUAACGCCGAUUGUAUCCUGCAUUAUCGCGAUCGAUCGCUUAUUCUGCGCGAGAUCACCGAGAUAUUUUUUCUCACUAAUUAAUGUUUAUCUCGAUUAUGCAGAUGUGGCUACAGCUCCAAUGUAAAAACAGUUGUUUGUCAAAUGGAAGAUUUCCAUGUGUAAUAUCGUAGCAAAAACUGUAACUGCUCCAGAAAUAUUAUCUGUUACUUUGAA